UCUCCGAGAUCCAUGGAUUUAUCGGUAGUACCGCUGGUCUUUGGCAAAGUCCCCAGGAUGUUACCCUGGGGGUCCCUGUUGCUCAUCUACGUGAUGACCACCCCCCCUACGUCCCCGGCACCUGGCAACGAGGAGGAUGAGCCCCCGAUGUUCCUGAGAGAUGAGGUGACCAGCUGCCCAUCCAGAUGCACCUGCACAUUGGAGGCGACCGUGGACUGCAGCGGCGUGGAUCUCAGUUUAUUCCCAAGCAACUUGUCCGCAAACACCCAGCACCUGUCCCUGCAGAAUAACCAACUGGAAAAUAUUCCAACCGAGCACCUGGCCAAGCUCACCAAACUGAAGACACUCAGCCUGCACAACAACAGGCUUCUCUCCAGAGGGUUACCAGAUAAGGCUUUCAAGUUUCUGCAGGAACUGGAGUACCUCUACUUGUCCAAUAAUAAGCUGACGGUAACACCCAGGAGACUGCCCAACACUUUGCAAAUCACCGACUUUGCUGCCAACCGUCUCAAGGAGGUUUCCGAGCUCACCUUCAGCCACAAACCAAGGCUCAGGUUUAUCUAUCUCCACAACAAUAAGCUGACAAACUCAGGCCUGCCCAAGGCCAUGUUCAAUGGCUCUCAGAUGGUGACGACUUUAAUUCUGUCCAGCAACAAUCUAAGACAAGUACCUGAGAACCUCCCACCUCUGCUCACCCAGCUGCAUUUACAGAACAACAAAAUCACAAAGAUCCCCAAAGGUGCCUUCAGUAAUUUGCAGCAACUUCGAGAACUCUAUCUGCAAAGCAACCAUCUGACCAACGCAGGCAUUACUGCACAAACCUUCAGUAAAAUGAAGGGGAUGGAAUACCUGGAUCUAUCCAGCAACAACCUGGUAAAGAUACCCGAUGGACUGCCCCCAAACAUCGUCAUCCUGCAGUUGGGGAAAAACCGCAUCACCUCCAUUUCUAAGAGCAGCGUCAACAGGAUCCGGAACCUGGAGUACCUGCUGCUUCAGAACAACAGGAUCACGAGUGCUGGGAUCCACAAGGCUGCGUUCGCAAAGCUGAAGAAGUUGCACACACUUCACCUCUUUAACAACCCACUGAGCAAGGUCCCAGACAGCCUCCCUCGUCGUGUCAACUCCCUCAUGCUGCUCCACGAUGGGAUCGAGCAGAUCGGUGCCAAUGACUUCGUCACCACUUACCACCUGACCGACCUGAACUUGAGUUACAACAAGCUCUACAGCGCGCGCAUUCACCGACUGGCCUUUCGGAAGCUUCACCAGCUGAAGAGGAUCGAACUGUCCGGCAAUCGCCUGACUUUGCUUCCUAGCGGCUUGCCGCCCAGUCUGGAGGUUCUGGUGGUGCAGCACGGUCAGAUUAACCAGCUCUCUGCAGGGGUGCUACGCAACAUGAAGGCUCUGGAGGAACUGCGCCUCAAUCACAACAAGCUCACCAUUGGCAAGAUAGAGCCUGGAACCUGGGGGGAGGUCCCCAAUCUCAAGUUAUUGGAUCUGGGAUAUAAUGAACUAUCCUACGUGCCUCCAGACCUGCCCGAAUCCCUGGAGUAUGUCUACCUGCAGAAUAACCGCAUUUCAACAAUCACCUCGAAUUCCUUUGCCUCUGCACCAAAUGUCAAAGUCAUAGUUCUGAGGUCGAACCGGUUGACUGCCGCUGGUCUGGAAAGGAAAGCAUUCAUGGGGCUGCAACAUCUGCAGGUUCUGGAUCUGACGGGCAACCUGGAGCACAUCAGUGUCCUGCACAGUAUCUCAGGAGAUCCAGCACAAGCAGGGAGCAACAGCACAGCAGCCAGCCAAAGAACUACGAGAAACCAGCUGAGCCGAGGCAUGCAGAGGCUGUCCACGGCUGGCUAG